UCCUUUAGAUCCGACUCCAAUUGAAUUCUAGGGCUAGGGUUUUCACUGUCGUUCCUCGAAUCUCGUCGUCGACUCUUCAGAUCUGAUCAUCUGACCAUGAUACCCGUAUAUUUGUCGUUCACAACUCCCUCCAAGCUCGGCGUUCCUCGAAUCUCGUCGUCGACUCCUCCCUCGAAGGUCGCGAUCCCGUGAAGGUCGUUGUCAGUCGGAGAUCGUCGUUUACUCAAACCUCGACUGUCUUCCCUCUCAAGUUAUCAAAACAUCAGUGUCUUUGUUUCUCUCGUCAGCUAAGAACAUUGCCCGGGGUUUUUUUAUUUCUGAAUUGGUGGAUAGCCAAGGAACAUAGUUCAUGGACUUGAAUGCAUCACCGUUGCCUGAAGAUGAUGAACAGUCAUAUGAACAGUCGUAUGAAGAAUAUGUUGAUGAUGCACAACAACCAUCAGAAUCAGUGCAAACCAUGCUUAGGGAGCGUGAAGAAAGGCGUCGUCGGUUGAAAAGAGAAAACAGGGAUGAAGGUCCGAAGCAGUUUUCAGAACCUUCUAGGAAUGAUUAUAUGCAUCAAAAUAGAACUUCCAGAGGUUAUGGAAGGGUUAGGCAGCUCCCACAAGGUUGGUUGGAUUGCCCUUCACAUGGACAACCCAUAGGAUAUAUGAUACCUUCAAAGGUUCCUCUAGAUGAGUCUUAUAAUGAUUUAGUGGCUCCUGGCAAGAGAUAUUCUUCGAAACAAGUGAUAAAUUCCCUGAGAAGAAAUCAGCGGGAACUUGGUUUGGUGAUUGAUUUGACAAAUACAACACGGUACUAUUCACCAUCUGAAUGGACAAAGCUGGGUAUUAAGCACAUCAAGAUCCGAUGCAAGGGGCGGGAUGCUGUACCAGAUAAUGAGUCUGUCAAUUCAUUUGUCUAUGAGGUACUCCUAUCAUAUGCAACUUCUUUGCUUGUUGUUUGCAUUAUGGUUAAGUAUUGAUUGUGUUUUGCCAUA